AAACAACAAACGAAUCAAAGAGAGAAAGUAAAACAUUUCACAAACACAGUUAUUGUUGUUGUUGUUCUUCUUGUUGUAGUGAGAGUGAGUUUUGUAGCAAAAUCGAUCCAUAGAAAAAUUCGAAAAGAUGAACACAGAUAUCACUGCAUCAACAAAACCAGAAUACCCAGUCAUUGAUCGCAACCCUCCUUUCACUACCGUCGUCGGAAAUUUCAAUACCCUCGAUUAUCUCCGUUUCACUACCAUCACCGGCAUUUCCGUCACCGUCGGUUAUCUCUCCGGGAUUAAGCCUGGAAUUAGGGGUCCUUCAAUGGUGACUGGUGGAUUGAUUGGUGUUCUCGGUGGAUUCAUGUAUGCUUACCAGAAUUCUGCUGGUAGAAUUAUGGGUUUCUUUCCCAAUGAAGCUGAGGUAGCUCGUUACAACAAGAAAUGAUUUUUAAGAAAACAAUCACUUUUUUUAUGAGUUAUUGAAUAAUCAGAUUUCCCUUAAGCUCUAUAUUGUUGUUGUUAUUGUGAUGAUUUUUGAGGGAUUCUGUAUAUCAAUUUGGUUUAUAAGUUGGUAGAUUUAUGUGUUUUGUUCUAUGAACUUUUAGGGAUAAAGUGUUUUGUCUUUGAAUAUAUCACUCCCUUUGAAUGCAAGUUCAUGAAUUCUA